UGGGGGGAGCGGGCCCCACGUGCUUGUGACGCGGGGGUGGCCGGUAGGCGGCGGCGGCGGCGACGCGGGGCCGGCGGCCGUGCGGUGCCGGGAGGGCGGCUAGGCAGGCUGCAGGAUGCUGCGCGCCGCACUCCCUCUGCUCGGGCUGCCCCUGGCGGGGGCGGGAGCAACCGAAGAGCCCACCCAGGAGCCGGGGUCGCCGGCCGAGCCUCCCCCAGGGUUGGCGCUCUUCCGCUGGCAGUGGCACGAGGUGGAGGCACCCUACCUGGUAGCCCUGUGGAUCCUGGUGGCCAGCCUGGCCAAAAUCGUGUUUCACUUGUCUCGGAAGGUGACAUCUCUGGUCCCUGAGAGCUGCCUGCUGAUUUUGCUGGGCCUGGUGCUUGGGGGCAUUGUCUUGGCUGUGGCCAAGAAAGCUGAGUACCAGCUGGAGCCAGGCACCUUCUUCCUCUUCCUGCUGCCUCCUAUUGUGCUGGACUCCGGCUAUUUCAUGCCUAGCCGGCUGUUCUUUGACAACUUGGGUGCCAUCCUCACCUAUGCCGUGGUGGGCACGCUCUGGAAUGCCUUCACAACAGGCGCUGCCCUCUGGGGCCUGCAGCAGGCUGGACUUGUGGCCCCUAGAGUGCAGGCUGGCUUGCUGGACUUCCUGCUGUUCGGGAGCCUCAUCUCAGCAGUGGACCCUGUGGCUGUGCUGGCUGUCUUUGAGGAGGUGCACGUCAACGAGACUCUCUUUAUUAUCGUCUUUGGCGAGUCCCUGCUCAAUGAUGCAGUCACUGUGGUGCUGUACAAGGUCUGCAACUCCUUUGUGGAGAUGGGCUCUGCCAAAGUGCAGGCCACUGACUACCUGAAGGGAGUCGCCUCCCUGUUUGUGGUCAGUCUGGGCGGGGCAGCCGUGGGCUUAGUCUUUGCCUUCCUCCUGGCCCUGACCACACGCUUCACCAAGCGGGUCCGCAUCAUCGAGCCACUGCUGGUCUUCCUCCUCGCCUACGCAGCCUACCUCACUGCUGAAAUGGCCUCGCUCUCCGCCAUUCUUGCGGUGACUAUGUGUGGCCUGGGCUGUAAGAAGUAUGUGGAGGCCAACAUCUCUCAUAAGUCACGCACAGCUGUCAAAUACACAAUGAAGACUCUAGCCAGCUGCGCUGAGACUGUCAUCUUCAUGUUGCUUGGCAUCUCGGCUGUGGACUCUUCUAAGUGGGCCUGGGACUCUGGGCUGGUGCUGGGCACCCUCUUCUUCAUCCUGUUCUUCCGAGCCCUUGGCGUAGUCCUGCAGACAUGGGUGCUGAAUCAGUUCCGGCUGGUCCCUCUGGACAAGAUUGACCAGGUGGUGAUGUCCUAUGGGGGUCUGCGGGGGGCUGUGGCCUUCGCUCUCGUCAUCCUACUGGACAGGACCAAGGUCCCUGCCAAGGACUACUUUGUGGCCACGACUAUUGUGGUGGUCUUCUUCACAGUCAUUGUACAGGGCCUGACCAUCAAGCCACUGGUCAAGUGGCUGAAGGUGAAGAGGAGUGAACAUCACAAACCCACCCUGAACCAGGAGCUGCAUGAGCACACUUUUGACCACAUUCUGGCUGCAGUGGAGGACGUUGUGGGGCACCAUGGCUAUCACUACUGGAGGGACAGGUGGGAGCAGUUUGACAAGAAGUACCUGAGUCAGCUGCUGAUGCGGCGGUCAGCCUACCGCAUCCGGGACCAGAUCUGGGAUGUAUACUACAGACUCAACAUCCGGGAUGCCAUCAGCUUCGUGGACCAGGGAGGCCACGUCUUGUCCUCUACAGGACUGACUCUGCCCUCUAUGCCCAGCCGCAAUUCUGUGGCAGAGACCUCUGUCACUAACCUGCUGAGGGAGAGUGGCAGUGGAGCAUGUCUGGAUCUGCAGGUGAUUGACACAGUACGCAGUGGCCGGGACCGGGAAGAUGCUGUGAUGCACCAUCUGCUCUGUGGAGGCCUCUACAAGCCGCGCCGCAGGUACAAAGCCAGCUGCAGCCGCCACUUCAUCUCGGAGGAUGCGCAGGAGCGGCAGGACAAGGAGGUCUUCCAGCAGAACAUGAAGCGGCGGCUGGAGUCCUUUAAGUCCACCAAGCACAACAUCUGCUUCACCAAGAGCAAGCCACGACCUCGCAAGGCCGGCCGCAAGAAGAAGGAUGGCGUGGCUAACACUGAGGAUACAAAUGGGAAAUCUCGAGACCUGGGCUUUCAGGACACAGCUGCUGUGAUCUUAACUGUGGAGUCUGAGGAGGAGAAGGAGAGCGACAGUUCGGAGACAGAGAAGGAGGACGACGAGGGGAUCAUCUUCGUGGCUCGGGCCACCAGUGAGGUCCUUCAAGAGAGCAAGGUCUCAGGGAGCCUUGAGGUGUGCCCGAGUCCACGCAUCAUCCCCCCCUCCCCAACCUGUGCAGAGAAGGAGCUACCCUGGAAGAGUGGGCAGGGGGACCUGGCAGUCUACGUGUCCUCAGAAACCACCAAGAUUGUGCCCGUGGAUAUGCAGACGGGCUGGAACCAGAGCAUCUCGUCCCUGGAGAGCCUGGCCUCCCCACCUUGUACUCAGGCCCCGACUAUGACCCGCCUGCCUCCCCACCCACUGGCUGCUGAAGAGCCCCAAGCCCCUCUCGACCUGCCUUCCGAUCCACACCCUAGCUUUGCCUUUCCCCCGAGCCUGGCCAAGGCUGGCCGCUCUCGCAGUGAGAGCAGCGCCGACAUCCCCCGGCAGCAGGAGCUGCAGCCCCUCAUGGGACAUGAGGACCACACCCAUCUUAGCCCAGGCACCGCCAACUCCCACUGGUGCAUCCAGUUCAACAGAGGUGGCCGGCUGUAGCCCAGGGACUCAGGGAGGAACUGGAGGCCGGAGCCCCUGUGGAAAGUGUUCCCUGCGCAAUGGGCAGAGGAGCCCACUCAGCCUGACGUGGGGUCAGAAGGACCUGGACUGAAGUAGCAACUGGGCUCCCUUGGGGUGGGUCAGAAGGGUCUCCCGGGCUGGUCCUCACAGGGACCCGUUUCACCACCCUUCCUCCUCCUAACUCCUGCUACACUCCCUUUAGUGAGGCCCUCACCCUGGCUCAAGACCCAGUCUAGAGCUUCUAGGGGCUAGGCCUAGAGACUUGGGUAGCUGAUGCCCCUUCCCCAGUGGGUCCUCCUGGGGUCAUUAGGCAGCUGUUCCUGCCCCCAAAACAAGGGCAUCAUUCCUCAGCUGAUGUUGGCCCUUCCUGCCCUCCACCCCCUCCCCAGCACCAGCUCAAGGACAGUGCGGUGAGGCUCUUCAAAGGGCUGGUCAUCAGAGGGAUGGGGUGGGAGGUGGAGCAGGCCUCAACCUUGGGCUCUGCUGCUCUGUUGGGUCAGCUAUCCAUAGCCAAUUUUUUUUUAGAACAGUAGGAAUCUGUCUCCCCUUGCUUUAUCUCCUUCCCUUUGCUGACAGUUAUUGGGGCGAUAGUUCCUCCUUUUCCGGGAUCAAGCCCGCAGGGCUGGGCCAGGCUUCAAAUCAGGGCUGCUUCUUAGCCGGGGUCACUCUGGGGAUCUGCUGGUCUGAGUUCAAGUCUGAACCUUUCAGAUCCUUGGGUCUGGGUUUUCUGAGGAGGAGACGGUGGCCUCUGGGCUCCCAUAUUACCACUUUGACAUUCCCCAAACAGGAAAGGAGCCAGGUGUCCUAGGGCCACUGCUUCACUGCUCUGGGGGGCUGGGAUGCCUGGCUGCAGUGGUCAGGGGGCUGACUGGGUGGCAUGUGACUUUCCUGGGGUUAGCAGGUGCACCUGUAUUUUGUACCUUGAACCUAAGAUACAUUAAACAUCUCUUGGAUGGA